CUUCUUAAUUAAUCACUGAAAAUUCCUCUCCAUUAUUGGCUUCCACCAAUUUUCAAGAACAAGAAAAAAAACGUGCCUCGACAAAUACUACACUCUCAAUUCAAAAUUCCUUCAUUUUUUUCACUUCACUUUUUUUGGUGAAUUUUGUUGAAUUCUUGGAUUUUUUUGGUUACCUUUUUAUUGCAACUUCAUUUGCUGCUUUCUGCUCUAUCUCUGCAUUCUCUGUGUUUUUGUCAUGAAACUGUCAUUUUCAUACUCAAGAUUCAUUCUGUCACUCUGUUUAUCAUGGAGUUUCUUGAUUUGGGAGACACAUCAGUUCCAAUCCUCUCAAACACAAGUUCUUCAACAGCUGAGAAAGCAAUUAGAGUAUCCAAAACAGUUAGAUCACUGGCUAACUCCCGGCAUUGAUCUCUGCUUCACCUCCACUCCACAAGUGAACGUCUCGUGCCAAAACAGCAUCGUCGUUGAGAUCAGAAUAUACGGUGAUACGAAGCCAAGGCCACCUAGCUUCGAUGGAUUCCCAUCUCCUCCGCAGACACUGUCUGGGAACUUCUCCAUGGACUCACUCGUGGCCACUUUGUCGAGAUUGAACAGCUUGAGAGCUCUCACCCUCGUCUCGUUGGGCCUCUGGGGCCCCAUCCCGGCCAUGAUUUAUCGGCUGGAUUCUCUCGAAUCGUUGGACUUGAGCUGGAACUAUCUGUAUGGAUCUGUUCCUGUCUCUUUCCCAAGAAUUUCCACUCUUCGAGUGCUUAAACUCGAAGGGAACUUCUUGAAUGGCACUUUCCCUGAUUGGAUAAGUCCAUUUUCAUUAACUGAUAUCAAUCUGUCCAACAAUGUGAUAUCCGGGAAGGUGAUGGAUCUGAGUGGUUUAACGAGCUUGCAUUCGUUGGAUUUGAGCAACAACAAGCUGGAUUCCGGCCUUCCUAGCCUGCCAAGUGGCAUAGCCGCGGUUGUGCUGAGCAACAACUCUUUCUCAGGUGGAAUUCCUAAGCAGUAUGGAAAAUUGAGUCAGCUACAGCAGCUUGACCUCUCUUUCAAUGCUCUAACUGAGGUGGCUGGUAUAGAGGGGCUCGUUUCGUUGCCUGAUAUGGUUUUGCUGAACUUGGAGUCGAACAUGCUGGAUGGAGUUCUACCACCGCGUUUGAGCUGUGGGAGCAAGCUUCAGCUGGUUGAUAUGUCCAAUAAUAGACUGAGAGGCAUGUUGCCGCCUUGUUUGAGCUCUGUUGUGAAAAAUAGAACAGUGCAGUUCAGUUGGAAUUGCUUGGCGACUGAUCCAAAGUAUCAGCAGCAUUCUGAAACAUACUGUGCGGCUAUUCUCCAAGAGAAGGCGAAAUCACGAGGGAGGAAAAGUGUGGGGGUGGUGAUAGGUGUGAUUGGUGGAGUUGUGGUGCUUCUAGCAGUUGUUUUUCUUGUGUUGUGUCGAAAGUAUUGCACUCAUGGGACGUCCGAGCAGCACUUGCUCCAGAAUGCAGUUCAUGAUAAUAUAUCUGUCACCGGAUACAAUGCAGAGUUUCCGACCAGUGCUAGGUAUAUUUCCGUCUCGGGCAAGUUAAGCCUGCAAGAGUCACCAGCUCAUCGUCCGUUUUCUCUGGACGAGUUGAAGGCUUCUACCAACAACUUUGAGAGUUCUGCGUUGAUGGGCAAAGGGUCGACCGGAAAGAUGUACAAAGGAAGGCUGGACAAUGGCACACUGGUAGCUAUACGCUGCCUGGUGGUGUCGAAAAAGUACACAAUCCGGAAUCUCAAACUAAGGCUCGAUUUGCUGGCUAAGCUCAGGCAUCCUCAUCUUGUCUGCUUCUUGGGACACUGCAUCGAGAGUGAAGGAAAAGAAGUGUCUGGUGCCAACAAUGUCUACCUCAUCUAUGAAUAUGUACCGAAUGGCAACUAUCGAGCUCAUCUAUCUGAAACGAAUCCAGAGAAGGUGCUCAACUGGUCGGAUAGGCUGGCUGUAUUGAUCGGCAUUGCCAAGGCGGUCCAUUUUCUGCAUACUGGAGUUAUUCCCGGCUUCUACAGCAACCGGUUGAAGGCCAACAACAUCUUGCUAAAUGAGCAUAGGAUUGGAAAAUUGAGUGAUUACGGAUUGUCUGUUGUAGCUCAAGAUAUUGACAAUGACAAGGAGAAAGAAGGAGCACUGAGAACAUGGCAGACGAAGAGCCUGGAGGAUGAUAUUUAUAGCUUUGGCAUCAUACUACUUGAGUCGCUUGUUGGGCCGUCUGUUCGUUCAAGAAACGAGUCGUUUCUACUCAAUGAAAUGGCUUAUCUUGGCAAUCCAGAGGGGCAGAGGCGAGUAGUUGAUCCGACCGUGCUGGCAUCUUGCUCGCAGGAGUCACUUUCCAUUGCCAUAACCUUGACGAGCAACUGCAUUUCCCCCGAGUCAUCAACUCGCCCGUCUUUUGAGGAUAUUCUCUGGAACUUGCAGUACGCGGCUCAAGUUCAGGCGACACCAAACGUUGAUCCCGCAUCAGUGAAAGCACUGAUGUCUCCAUAACUUGAAAUUCUCCUCUCUAUCUUGAUUGGUAGUAUAUGCAUUCAUUUGUGAAUGUUAAUAUCUGUUAAGUUUUGAUCAGUACAAGAUUUUGUCAACUGUAAAUCAUGUUUGGCUGUUACUAUACUUGGUUUGAUAUGAAUAGCUCAAUGUAUUACAUCUCCCCUCCCAUUUCUCGACUCA